GUUACAUUGUUUCCGAUGCGUUUCCUCUUCAAAAUUGCACAUGCGCAUCAUCUUUGACCCUAAUGCAGCAACACUUCCACGCGAAAUGUUGUUAUGGUGGUAAUUAAUGGACACUUACAUUGAUCUCUGUCAAUCAUUCGGUGUGCCCCUCUGGGUGGGGCCGUUGCUCCACGCGGCCUCCAGGCUGAAGAAGACAGACCGGAUCAAACGAAGAAAAGUUUAUCGUUUAAUCCAGCGUCAGUUACUGAACAGGAUCGGCUGCAGCUCACGUGACAAAUGCACGUAUGUGUACCCAGCUGAGCUCAAAGAGAUGGUCCGAGCAGCCUUUCCAAACGACAUCUGUGACUAUGAAGACCCCUGUCACGAAAAUGUGCUUCACGUUUGUUGCAGGUUGUUGCCAUCACUAUGGACGACUUGAAAAGGAUGAAGCUUUCUUGAUUGGAGAUAAACUGCAGUUGCAGUCUAUCUAAAUGUGGUUUUGUACAUUUUAUAGUAUAACGUUGUUAUAUGUUCAUAAUAUAGAAAUGCAAAUUGUGAUCAUUUAAUGUACAUUCGUUCAUAUAAAGUAGUUCGGUUUCCAUAAAUAGGCUUUUGUAACAUUUUUCAGCGAGUUUUUCCUAAACGUGUUAGUGUUUAUUACGGUUGUUUGUGGUGUUUUCAUUUUACUUCAAUACCCAGAAUUCCUCCUUGUUUGCGUCACAGGCUGCAGGUGAAAAAAUAAAUAAAUAAUAAUAAAAAAGAUAAGAGAGUAUUUAUCCUAAACGUCUGGUUUUUAGUAUAAUUUGUUAAAUGUUUUUGCUGUUAAAUGUGUUACCCUCAUGAACGACUCUGACAGUCCAGUUUAUUGAGUAGCCUAACUGACCUGCUGGACUCCAUGACAACGGACACAACCUACACGAACACCACAGCAGUGAAGUUAUUUCCAUUACUGACUGUUUAACAAGGCAUUACAUAAUUCGAGAAAAUGCCUCCAGAAGGGAAAUCUGACAUGGAGCGGAUUGGCAUCUUUAAAGAGUUGGGAUACAUCUCAAUAGGGGACAAAUAUACACCUUUUAUUUACCGCCCAUUUAAUGACUCCGCAUACAAGAACAAGCAGAUGCUGUCAGGAGGAGCUAAAUCAAAGAGCGCGCUCCAGGUGGGAUACUUCGACACGCAGUUUAAGAGGAUCUUUGAGAGAGAGGCGCUCACAGACCCUGUCAAAAUAGAAAGACAGUACAGGAUACAACAGACCAAAAAGAACAUAGGCAAAGCCUUUCUUCCCAGUAACGGCGAGAAAAAAACAUGUGGAGUGGGCAGCUAUUAUGGGACAUUUGGAGGCCCCAUUCAAGCAAUGAGUGCCCUACAUAAUCCAAGGAAACCAAAAAAAUCACCUGGAAAAAACUUCUACUCCAAUCCGCCUAAGAAGGGAAGUGGUUACGGCUAUCCUGACGUCACCCUCUCCAAGAUGGUGUCCCAUUCCUCAGACCCCUAUGACAGAGCCAAGGAAAUGCUAAAGCGUGAGAUCAUGGCACACAAAUCCAUGCUAAAAGGGGGAGCGUUUCGUUUGAACCUUCAUCCAGCUGAAUGCUUUGACAGCAAUCCCUACAAAUUUGACAAACCUCUACCACCUCCAAAAAAGACAGAGGAGAAAAAGCACAUUAUGUUACCCUUCAAACCAAGUUCACCCAGUAAAAAGACUGGAGGUAUGAAAGCAGGAACAUUUGAUUCCUACCCCACCUACUCUGCAGAACACUAUGGUACCAAAAAGACCAAAUCCUCAAUGAUGAAUAAGGAAGUCAAAAUAUUCCAUCCUUCCACUGGUCCAAAGAGCACACCUGUCAAGAGCAUUAUCAGCCUCAAUGUCAAUAAAGCUCUGAACUCCACAAACUACAACCGAAUCCCCUCUGUGAUGGCGUAUUAAGAACGUGUGAUGUCUUCAGGUGAAUAAAUGAAAGUCAUAUAUUGGUCUUUAGUUUAAAAAGCUACAAUUUUGAAUUGUAUUUACAUCAUUCUAUUAAUUGUUAAACUCUAAAGAUCUUAUGCUCAAGAUGAACUAAAAGAGCUUAUGCUCAGUACUACCCCAGAAAAACCAUGUUUCGUAGCAUCUAGAUAUGUUUAAUUGUACAAGCAUGUUUAACCACUGUGUACCAUUUUGUCUGUAGUACACUGAGACACUUUUGGCUGAAGCCACAAGUUAUUAAACAUUAAAAAUACAUAUUGUGUAUUUAACCAGCAAGGUGUUGGCCAAUUCAGCAAGCUCUUAAAUUUCACAGGUUUUUGCAGCAUUAAUGUCAUCCAUUUUAUGAAUAUGGUUUAGACAAAUAAUUUCAAAUGUCUCAUAAUUUACAACGUGGUGAUAUAACAAACCUUUGUAUUAUGUGUUAUCAAAGGUGGCCUUAAAGGGGGAUAGCUGAGUAAAUGAUGACGUUUUCGGUUUUCUGAGAACGAUGCCUAUAAGUUCAUUUAGAAACAUGAGAAUUGAAAAUAAUAAUAAUGCAGCACAAGUAAUAGUCAUAGAAAUGAUAUAUAAUAUAUAUAUA